AUGUCGAGCGUCGCCAACCAAGUCGUUCUUCACCCGCUGGCGUCCCAAUCGCUCAAGCUGCUGAGCACGACGCUGGGGAGGGACAAGCUGUAUCGCGCUGUGCAGUACUUCUCUCGCUUCUUUGCGUGGUUAUUGCUCUCGCGUGGCGAUAAAUUAAACGCCGCUCGCUGGAAUGCGUUGAAGGCACACCUCACGCUGGGCAGGAAGCUCAUGCGGCUCGGAAAGCCCUUGGAGCAUCUCCAGGCUGCAUUGCGUGCUCUGCAUUCGCCAAUUCACUCGUCGACAGAGCUAGGCGAACAGCUUACUACCAUCGCGAGGCAAUUGUCGUACUUCGGCUACCUCAUGUACGAUAGCUUCGUCUGGGCUAACGCCGUCAAGUUCUUCAACCUGAAGCCAUCUACAGGGGAGAACGUGUCGAGGCUCUCCAACCGGUUCUGGUUCGCUGGCAUUCUCUUCAGCAUCACGAACGGUCUCCUUAAGGCUGGUAGACUAGCAAGUGAGGUACAGAGGCUACAGGGCAUGACAGUAGGUGAGAAAGGUGUCGAAGUUGAUCGCGACCUGAAGCUUGCUGCUCUGCGAACUGCACGCGAAGCCACUCGGCACCAAUUCAUCAUCGAUAUUCUCGAUGUGUGGAUCCCUGCCACCAACCUCGGUUUCGUCAACUUCAAUGACGGCGUGCUUGGAAUCUUUGGUUUGGUCACGUCACUCAUGGCACUCAAUCAGCAGUGGGCGGCUGCCGGGCGUAAGUAA